AGAAACACACAGAAAGACAUAAAACUUUCGCGUGUAUGUUGCACGAUUUGCCUCGGUAGAGUAAAAGGAGUGCUCUUGUGAAACAGAAGGGCCAAAGGCUGUCCGUGUCAGCUUAAGCCUGGUUUGCUAGCUGUUUAGCUACAUAUACGGAAGUUAAAGUUAUCUGAUUAUCUUGCUGCGAGCUAGCUAGCUUCCUUAUCCGAGCAAGGAAGUGAUCGGUGACGUGAGAAGCAGGAGUAGCUAAGCAAGUUUUUAAAACUCCACUGUGUGAGCCCAUUCACUGCUGUUGCCACAUUUUACGGAGAACACCAACCACUAGCAAUAGCUGCUGUUUAAGAAAACAUUUUGGAGAGAUGACCAACAGGGAAGACGAAUACGACUACCUCUUCAAAGUGGUCCUGAUCGGGGACUCCGGUGUGGGGAAGAGUAACCUCCUGUCCCGCUUCACCCGCAACGAGUUCAACCUGGAGAGCAAGAGCACCAUCGGCGUGGAGUUCGCCACCCGCAGCAUCCAGGUGGAGGGCAAAACCAUCAAGGCGCAGAUCUGGGACACGGCCGGCCAGGAGCGCUACCGCGCCAUCACCUCCGCGUACUACCGGGGCGCCGUGGGGGCGCUGCUGGUGUACGACAUCGCCAAGCACCUGACAUACGAGAACGCCGAGCGCUGGCUGAAGGAGCUGCAGGACCACGCCGACAGCAACAUCGUCAUCAUGCUGGUGGGCAACAAGAGCGACCUGCGCCACCUGAGGGCCGUGCCCACCGACGAGGCCCGGGCGUUCGCCGAGAAGCAUGGGCUGUCCUUCCUGGAGACGUCAGCGCUCGACUCCUCCAAUGUGGAGCUGGCCUUCCAGACCAUACUCACAGCCAUAUACCGCAUCGUGUCUCAGCGACAGAUGUCCGGCCGCAGCGAUGCCGACUUCUCCCCCAACUCCAACGUGGUCCCGAUCACGGUGCAGCCAACCCAGCAUUCUCCCAAGCAGAGUGCCUGCUGCCAGAGCAACUGAGGCCUUCGCAGCUGGGGGGCAGGGCUGAGGGUGGGGCAGGGUUUGGAAUGAGGGCAGGGUAGGAGUCAGAGCGGGUGAGGGUGACUGAGGGUGUGUGUGUGUGUGUGUGUGUGUGUGUGUGUGUGUGACUCCUAAAAGGUGAGAGAACCGGAAACGCUUCGCUAACAAGGGAACAAAAAGACCCAGACGCAGCUUAUCUCCAGUAACUGCAGCUCGCUGUUGCCAUUGUGCAAAUUCUGUCGGGCCUUCCAAAGCUGGUUUAUUUAACGCAAUAGCCUUAUUAAAACCCAUCACAAGGUUAGAAUGGUUAGAAUACUUUAUACUGGAUUUCACCAGUCCUGUUGGGCUUUGUAAACACGCUUGCAACUAGAUCAGAAAAAUCACAAGGAUUUUUUAGAUUUUGAACGUCAAGUGAUAAAUGUGUGUAAUUAUGCAAUACUUUUUGACACACAUUUUAUAUUAUUCCCUUCCUGUCUACAUGUCCUCCCUCCCACUUACCUUUUACCUGUCCCUCAAAGU